AUGGCGUACAAUCAACCUCAACAUGGAGGCGCCGCAGACGCGUAUUAUCAGGAAGGCCACCAGGAUAUUGGCGCACAGCAGCAGGGACAAUACCAGCAGCAGCCGUACGGUUAUGCUGUAGCGCAAGGGGGGAGUUUUCAUUCUCCACUUCCUCAGCAACCUCAAUACCAGCAGCAAGCUCCCCCACCACAGCAGUACCAACAGCAAGCCCCUCCACCGCAGCAAUACCCUCAACGACCUCCCCAUUAUGGCAAACAACCAGACACCGGCAAUGGCGAGAAGAUGGGCUUCGAUCAGACGUUCACAAUCGAUCGGCCAAAAUACAAUGACGUAUGGGCUUCGGUGCUUUUUAUCUUGACAUUUUGUGGAUUCACUGCGGUCUCGGUUUUGUCAAUUCGUGGCUAUGCAACUACAAAUCAGGGGAGUGGGAUCUAUAACGGUGGCUCUGCAAACAGCGUUGCGUUGAAUAGCAAUACUAUCAUUCUCUUUGCUUUCAUCCUAGCGGUAGCAUUUUGCUUCUCGUUCGCAUACUUCUGGAUUAUUCGCGCGUUUACGAAGCAAGCCAUCUGGAUCACUGGUAUCCUUCAAAUCGUCCUUGGCAUUGGCACAGCGGUCGUAUACUUCGCCAGACAUUACUACAGCGCAGCCAUUGUCUUCCUCAUCUUCUCGGUUUUCUACAUAAUCUGCUUUAUCAGCUGGAUCCCACGAAUACCCUUUUCGGUCCUGAUGCUCCAGACCGUGAUUGAUGUCGCCAAGAACUAUGGACAUGUCUUCAUUGUCUCGUUGGUGGGUGGGCUCGUGGCGACUGCGUAUGCAGCAUGGUUUUCCGUGACAUUAGUUGCGGUAUAUGCGAAAUACUACCCAGGGCAACCCGGCUGUGAUGCCAGUGGCGGUAGCUGCAGCAAGGGCAAGGUCAUUGGACUUCUGGUCUUCAUCACCUUCGCCUCAUACUGGAUCUCAGAAGUCAUCAAGAACGUGAUGCAUUGCACUAUCUCAGGUGUCUAUGGCUCGUGGUACUUCUGCGCCAACAAGCCAAGCGGAUUCCCGAAAGGAGCAACUCGAGGAGCUUUCAAGCGUUCAAUGACCUACAGUUUUGGCAGUAUCAGCUUUGGAAGCUUGAUCGUUGCCAUUAUCCAAUUCCUCCGCCAGGCAUGCUCGAUUGCCCAACAAAAUGAGGCAGCGCAAGGAAACCUCAUGGGCCAAAUCUUCUUUUGCAUCUUGGGAUGCUUCAUCGGUCUUCUUGAUUGGGCUGUUCAAUUCAUCAACGAAUAUGCUUUCUCCUACAUUGCCCUGUACGGGAAGGCAUAUAUACCAGCCGCUAAGACAACCUGGACAAUGAUGAGGGACCGUGGCAUUGAUGCUCUCGUCAACGAAUGUCUCAUCAAUCCCGUCCUCACCAUGGGCGCCGUCUUCGUUGCCUACGUUUGCUCUUUCCUCGCCUAUCUCUACGUCUCCUUCACCAAGCCCGCCUACAACGACGGCGACGCCUUCACCGCCGUAAUUAUGGCCUUCGCCUUCCUUGUCGGCCUCCAGAUCGCCAAUAUCUUCUUGGUGCCGAUCAAGAGUGGUGUGGCUACGUUCUUUGUCGCCAUGGCGUUCGAUCCGCAGGUUUUGAUUCAAGAGUUUCCGGAUUUGUGGCAGAGGUUGGUGCAGGUCUACCCGCAUGUGCAGAUUGCGGUUCAUGCUUAG